CGACAUACCUACACUACUCAGCUGAUUCUUUUCAUUUUGGUCGUUUAAUUUUCUUUUCUGCAAUUUUGUACGAAAAAUUUGUUGUCACUUUUUUCAAAAAUUAAAAAAUUUGUGGCAAGCACUACUAAUGGCAGAUCUACAGGAACAACGGGCUGAAGAGCUAGAAGCCCUGCAAUCCAUCUACGAAGGCGAUACGAACUUCAAACAGCUUGACCAAAACACUUUUCAAUACAAGUAUGGCGAAGAUGACCACUACAAAUCCUUCUUGGUUGAAAUUCAUUGGACUGGUGACUACCCAAAUGAAAUGCCGAAGAUUAAUAUGGACACUUUCUAUAAUCGCAAUUUAAUACCUGAAGUGAAAGCGAAAAUACUGCAAGCUUUAAGCGAAGAGGCGGAGCAGUGGUUAGGAUGCGGCAUGACGUACACUCUAUUUGAAUGCCUCAAAGAUCGACAGAUUGAUUUAACUGCUGAUCAGCCUGAGCAUGCCUGUACGCAGUCUAUUGAUUUAGAUAGUGUAGGCGUAAGUGCAUUAAAAAUCUCUGACAACACGGACGCUAACAAAAGGAAGGAACUUAAAAAGGAGCAAUUAACAAAGGCACAAAAACGUCGUCAGUGGGAGCGCACGGAUCACAAAGGUGAUCGGCCGCGCGGAUGGGAUUGGGUAGACAUUGUGAAGCACCUAUCACAAACUGGUAGUAAAGACAGCAGCGAUGUAAAUGCAACAAUAAGCGGUGCAAAUGCAAGUAUUGGGUUGACGACUCCAAUAUUACAGCCACUUAAUAUAUAAAAAAAAUAUUAAAUAAAUUUUAUAAGCACAAAUAGAAUAUUUUGAGAAUAUACAUAGUAGAAUGAAAAUUGGGUUUAAUACCGUUGAGCGUGA